CCUUUAAUGAGUCCGACGAGAAGGAUAUCCUGCUUUCACUGGAACAGGGCCAGAUCCACGCCUUUUGCGUGAAGAAAAGACACCGGAAAAGGGGGUGCAGAUCGGGGAUCCUUCUGAGAUGCCAGAGGCGAGCGAGUAAGCUCCUAAUGCCUUCCAUUCUCCUUGCUAAUGUGCAAUCAUUUGAAAAUAAAAUGUAUGACCUAUUAAAACCAAACAUCUUAUGUUUCACCGAGACGUGGCUGAACUAAGAAAUGGACAAUAUAGAGCUGGUGGGAUUUUCCAUGUACCGGCAGAACAGAGACGCUACAGUUGAAGUCGGAUGUUUACAUACACCUUAGCCAAAUACAUUUAAACUCAGUUUCACAAUUCCUGACAUUUAAUCCCAGUCAGGUCAAUUAGGAUCCCACAAAUGUUCUAUAGGUUUGAGGUCAGAGCUUUGUGAUGGCCACUCCAAUACCUUGACUUUUGCGACCAAGUUUUAACUUCCUGACUGAUGUCUUGAGAUGUUGCUUCAAUAUAUCCACAUACUAAAAGCUAGAGCUGGCGCUUUCAAAGGGCAGGAGACUAAUCCGGACGCUUGUAAGAAAUCCCGCUAUGCCCAAACAAAGCGUCAAUACAGGAUUAAGAUUGAAUCCUACUACACCGGCUCUGACGCUCGUCUGAUGUGGCAGGGCUUGAAAACUAUUACGGACUACAAAGGGAAACCCAGACGCGAGCUGCCCAGUGACGCGAGCCUACCAGAUGAACUAAAUGUCUUUUAUGCUCGCAUUGAGGCAAGCAACACUGCAGAAUGCACGAGAGCACCAGCUGUUCUGGAUGACUUUGUGAUAACGCUCUCAGUAGCCGAUGUGAACAAAACCUUUAAACAGGUCAACAUUCAGCCGCUGGGCCAGACGUAUCACCAGGACGUGUACUCAAAGCAUGAGCGGACCAACUGUCAAGUGCCUUCACUGACAUUUUCAACCUCUCCCUGACCGAGUCUGUAAUAGCUACAUGUUUCAGCAGACCAGCAUAGUCCCUGUGCCCAAGGAAGCGAAGCUAAUAUGCCUAAAUGACUACCGCCCCGUGGCACUCAUAUCGGUAGCAAUGAAGUGCUUUGAAAGGCUGGUCAUGGCUCACAUCAACAGCAUCCUCCCGGACACCCUAAACCCACUCCAAUUCGCAUACCGCCCCAACAGAUCCACAGAUGACGCAAUCUCAAUCGCACUCCACACCGUCCCUUCUCACCUGGACAAAAGGAACACCUAUGUGAGAAUGCUGUUCAUCAUUUUCACCUGUGAGGGGAGAAGGAGAGAAAAGAACACAGGAUACACACACAGGAUACUUGUAUCCGUAACACUGGGACUAAACUUCUCCCUCUGCAACUGGAUCCUGGACUUCCUGACAGGACACCCCCAGGUGGUAAGAGUAGGAAACAAAACAUCUGCCACCCUGAUCCUUAGCACUGUCCCCUCCUGUAUUCCCUGUUUACCCACGACUGUGUGGCCAAACACGACUUCAACGCCAUCAUUACGUUUUCUGACGACACAACAGUGGUAGGCCUGAAUACUGACAACAAUGAGGCGGCCUAUAGGGAGGUCAGAGAACUGGCAGUGUAGUACCAGGACAACAACCGCUCCCUCAAUGUGAGCAAGACAAAGGAGCUGAUCGUGGACUACAGGAAAAGGCAUGCCGAACCGGCCCGCAUUAACAUCAACGGGGCUGUAGUGGAGCGGGUCGAGAGUUUCAAGUUCCUUGGUGUCCACAACACCAACAAACUAUCAUGGUCCAAACAUACCAACACAGUCGUGAAGAGGGCACGACAAAACCUUUUCCCAAAUCCUCACAUCUAUAAUAGGCGGUGUCAGAGGAAAGCCCAUAAAAUUGUCAGACUCCAGUCACCCAAGUUAUAGACUGUUUUCUCUCCUACCGCACGGCAAGCUGUACCUGGGCGCCAUGAGGAGCCUUUUGGUCCUAGACAACAGCUUCUACACCCCAAGCCAUUAGACUGCUGAACAAUUCAUAAAAAUCGCCACUGGACAAUUUACAUUGACGAUGUAGUGCCUUAGACAGCUACGCCACUCGGGAGACCGAAUAUAUAUUUUUUAAGUACUCACCUCGGCCGAAUUGAUGUAUUCGGAGCUCGAUUCCACAAGUCCUGGUAUUGUCUCUACUCCGUUGGUGAAGUUCAGAAAGCUUAGUCCAUUAAACUUUCUUGUGCCAUUAACCUCCAGUAGCCUAGCACAUUUUCCAAAUAAGCUAACACUGAAAAGUCUCUCUCAUUGAAGACAAGGAGCGGAGUAGGAUACCCAUUCCUCGGUCUCGUAGCCGCGUUAUGUAGAUUGUCAAUGUUUACAACGCUGGUUGAAAUUAGAUUUUUUUUUAACAAACGUGCUCAAUGGGAAGUCUGUAUUUUCACAAUCCAUUUGAAAUUUGUUGAAUAGUUUUAAUCUAUCCAGUCCCUGUCCCAGCUGUGUUUUCAAUACCCCCCCCCCAUACACUAGCCUACUCUGUCUGGCUUUGCCUCCCUCCAUCCAGCUGAAAAGGGUAACGCUGCAACUGCUCAUUAUAUGAGGGAAUUAUUCAAUGUAUGGGGUCGAUGUAAUACAUCAUACAGAAGUAGUCUAAAACUAAUUGUGUGCAUGGGUUUGUGUGUGUGGUGUCAUUGGUCAUUUAUGUGGUCUGGGAGCAGAGUGAGCUUUGUGAACCGCCUGGAAUGUGUCAGCAGUUGGGCUCUAAUGAGUUUAUCAGUGGCAUUGUGCUGCUACAUUACAAAUGGCUGCCUUAAUGAACCUUCCUAAACAGACAACUAGCUCGAGGUCUACACUUCCAACAUUGUCAAGAUGAGGUUUCAAAUGGUUCUCUUGACUUUAUCCAUCUGCUUUGGUGCCAUUUCGUCGUCUCCCUCCAUGUCCAACACUCCGCCUCCGCCCUCGGACUUGAAGAGAAAGACAGGCUGUUUAAAAAUGAGUAACUGUAGAUGCAUCAUGAAGGACGGCUCAGGGGUGAUAAACCUGGUAGCCAUGGCGGAUUCAGACGGAUUCUUGGGACACCUAAAGCCUGUGCCCUCGGAGAACGCACCGCCAAAUGCAGAAAUCCUCCUCUCAUUCAGCCCCUGUCAACCGUUCUCUGAGCCAGAGGACCUCGCAGGGACAGACUGCACAGAUGUGGCUGCCUGUUUGACAGUCAGGUAUGUACUUUUUUUGUUAAAAUCUUAAUAGCUAAAAAAAAAUUUAAAAUAAAAUUAGUAGUGGCAGUCUUUUGUGUUGGUCAAUAUUACAUUCUGUGAAGCAUCAAUAUAGGCCUAAGUAUUUACAAAGGUUCCCAAAGAUUAAUCAAAUGAUUCAUUUACUGAGCAGGUUUUACAGAAAUAACAGAUACAUCAGUCAUUACAUAAACUAUGGGAGACAUGAGGGCAACGAAUUCCAUUACAACAACAGCUUGCAGACACUGUCUGUUUCAUAUUCUGUCCUAGAGUACACCCAGCCCCUGACAGUAGUACACUACCGCUGUAGUCCCAACAUAUCCACUUCCUUCGCCCUACACUUUAAUGGAGACAUUCCCCUGCAAAUCUGGGUGGAGAGUCCCUGUGCCUGUCCAAACGCCUGUGCCCUGGGGGACGUGGGUCCUGGCACCAUCUUCCUCAUCAUCCUCUCCCUCAGCGCCACUGCCUACUUUAUCCUGGGGUCCUGUGCUCUGCGGCCAUUCAGGGCAGGCAGUGGAGUGCAGAUCGCUCCAGAGGAAAGUCUGUGGUGCAUGCUCUGUUACAUGUUCACUGAACGCAGAGGGGGUAGGAGGAGGAGAUACAUCUCCCUGCGAGAGGAAACCCUGUGAAGCAUGGGAUAUCGGAUAAAUGGGCAAUGAGAAAGUAGAAUGUGACAAAGCUACUGCAUAUGAAAUGACACUGAGGGAAACUUGGGCUUGAGAUCAAUUAUAUUUCCAGUGAUGUGACUGAUAUACAUGCAGGAGACAUGACUUUCUAUAUGUUUAUGAGUGGGGUUAAUAGUAGUGGGAUAGCAUUGAACAGCAUAACUAACAACCAGACUAACAUUUUAAAACAAAGUUAUUGCUCCAUUUAGUUUAAUAAAGAUUGAAAACAGAAGGAGGAAAAAAAAAUAGAAUUAAUUUUUAUUGUUCAUGAAACAUUUAGGGAUGAUCACAAAAAAUAGACUGAGAUUACUGUUAAUUUUCAAAUCUAGUAUACAUGCAUUUGUUAAAAUUACAAUCUAAGAUUAAUAGAAAAUGUAACAAGAUUAGACAAAAUGCUAAUUUAUGUGUAGGACACUGGGGUUGUGUGUAUAGCUUAAACCCCUCUUCAAACACAGGAAAGAAGAAAACAAAUUAAAUCUAAAGUGCUGUCGCAAUGAACGUCACACAUCACCUGAGACCAUUCAAUGUAAACCCAGCUGUGGUCAAUAUUAGCCCAUGUGAUAACUGAUAUUUUGUACAUAAUGCACAGCAAUAAAUACAGAAUCUCAUUUAAGACAUUCAUAGGCAGACAACUGACAGAUAAUAUUUAUCAGCACAUUGCAAAAUGUUAACUCUGAACAUGUGUAUCAAACCUCAGAGAAUUCAGUCCAUAACAACAGCUCUAUUAGUCACAUAUGAUAGAAAAAGUAUAUCCCAGUUUACAUUCAGAUAUGUAGGAAAACUAUUUCUCCUGUAUUUUUCAACAUUGAGAAUGUAAUUCUAUAAAAACAAUUAACAGGGAACCUUCCAAACCUCUGUAGUGCUUGAUAAAUUCCAUUUUUAAAAAUCUAACAAACAAAUGAUGAAUGAUCCUUCAUAAGAUAAUGUUUGAAGACAUCUGCCAGUGUAAAUGACUGCUGGAAUAUGUAUUGUCAAGUCUGACCCCUAGCUUCUUAACCCUUUGGUGUUUGCAGAUCGGAGAGAAUCAGACAGCACCAAAUAGCCAUCUAAUGGGUUUAGAACUUAUAGCAUAUAAAA